AUGCCGACUGGUAGGCUGAGCGGCAACAUCACCCAGGACUGGGAGCCGGUGGUUCUGCGCCGGACGAAGCCGAAGGCGGCCGACCUCAAGUCGGCGAAGGCGGUGAACCAGGCGCUGCGAUCGGGCGCGGCCGUGGAGACGGUGCGGAAGUCGGCGGCGGGCACGAACAAGCACUCCUCCGCGUCCGCGGCGGCGGCAGCGCCCGCCGCGCGUAAGCUGGACGAGACGACGGAGCCGGCGGCGGUGGAGCGGGUGGCGGCGGAGGUGCGCGCGGCGAUCCAGAAGGCGCGCGUGGCCAAAGGGUGGAGCCAGGCGGAGCUGGCGAAGCGCAUCAACGAGCGCGCGCAGGUGGUGCAGGAGUACGAGAGCGGGAAGGCGGCGCCGGCCCAGGCCGUGCUCGCCAAGAUGGAGCGCGCCCUCGAGGUCAAGCUCCGCGGGAAGGGCGUCGGCGCGCCCCUGGCGGCCGGCGGCAAGUGA